AUUUUCAUAAUUAUAAUAAUAAUUUCUAAUUCACAUUCCGCAUUGCACACCAUUAUCUGCAGUUCCACAAUUUCACUCAUCUUUCACUUCUCCUAAUCCAUUUCUCUCCAUUCUCUCCAACAGGAAUUAUGAUGACCCCUGACAAAAAUCAGAGUGCAGUAGUCAUGUUCAUUCUCUUAGGAUUCUCUGAGUAUCCAGAGCUCCAGGUGCCCCUCUUUCUACUCUUCCUCACUAUCUAUGCAGUCACUGUGGUGGGAAACUUGGGCAUGAUUGUGAUCAUUAGGAUCAACCCCAAACUCCAUACCCCCAUGUACUUUUUCCUCAAGCACUUGUCUUUUGUGGAUUUCUGUUACUCCACUAUAGUUACACCAAAAUUGCUAGAAAAUUUAGUUGUAGAAGACAGAAGCAUUUCUAUCAAGGCCUGUAUCUCACAGUUUUCCACUGGUACCAUCUGUGUAAUAACAGAGAUGGUGGUGUUGGCCGUGAUGGCCUAUGAUCGCUUUGUUGCCAUAUGUUAUCCUUUGCUCUAUCCAAUUUCCAUGUCUCUGAAGCUCUGUGCUGUGCUGGUGACUGUUGCAUAUGCAUGGGGUAUAAUUUCUUCUAGUAUAUUCACUUAUUCCCUUCUUAUAAUGACAUUUUGUGAGACCAAAAUCAUUAACAACUUUGUAUGUGAAUACUCUGUCAUUCUUUCUGCUUCCUGCUCUGAUAAACAUUUCAGUGAGAUAAUAUUUUUUAUCUUUGUAAAUCUCAACACAUUAUGCACCUUGGUUAUCAUCCUUCUAUCCUAUCUUUUUAUUUUUGUCACUAUCCUCAAAAUGAAUUCAGCCAAUGGGAGAUAUAAAGCUUUUUCCACUUGUGCCUCCCAUCUGACAGCCAUCACCAUCUUCUAUGGAACCAUUCUUUUGCUUUAUUGUAUUCCCAACUCUCAAAACUCAUGGCUUUUUAUCAAAGUAGGAUCUGUUUUUUAUAUUGUGAUUAUUCCCAUGUUAAAUCCCUUAAUAUACAGUCUAAGGAAUAAUGAUGUAAAGAAAACCUUCAAGAAACUAAUGCAUCUCAAAAUUAUUUCUCAGUAACUCCAUUGACAUGAAUGAUAUGACUACUCGCUAAACUAAAUCUGAUGAAUUUUAGAUUAAUAUUUAAUCAAUUCUCUGAGUUCU